AUAAAUGCCUGUUCCGGGAGACGGCGGGAGAGAGAAGAGGCGCUCGCGGAGCCGCGCUGCACGAAUUACGGAUUAUUUCUUUGCCGGUCCUUUGGCGGGGUUAGAGCGCGACCCCAGGAUUCUUCCGUUCCGCACCGUCGGCAUCGACGCAGGAGGGUACCGGCUGGCGACGGCACAUUAACGGAUCAGGACUUUGAACUGGCAGGACAAAUGAAUACAAAUGAAUUUAGCGACCCGAAGGAGAGACCGCGGUACCUCUCACCUCCACGCGAAGAGAGCUCUACUCCUGUGUACUCUUCUGUGCUGCACUUGUUCUUCAGGACUACCACAAGCGCUGUCUGAAGAUGUGGACGUGUUACAGCGGUUGGCUCUUCGCAUUGAACAGGGUUCUCGCUCUGUCCCAUUUGGUGUCAUCCCACUUCGCUCCAGCAUCAUCCUCACAGCACGGGCACGUGUCACUGCUGCCACACGUUCAAUAUUCCCAAAGCUCUUCUCCUGGAAUACCACACUUGUGCUGAGCAUUCGCUCACAUCGUGCCAACUCUGCUUUCCUUUUCUCUGUUUUCUCUGGCUCUCGACUCCAGUUAGGCCUACAGGUUUCGCCAAAUGACCUUACACUCCAUGCUGGACCUGCCAACUCGGUCCGCUUUCCAUAUCACCUUCAUGAUGGCCGCUGGCACCACUUGGCCUUUUUGCUUGCUGGCCGGACAGUCACUCUUCUGCCUGCUUGUAAUGAUGGCAGCAGUGGAGAAACCCAAGAAUUUCCACUACCUCCACCAUUUCAGCUGGACCCCCGAAGCACCUUCCGACUGGGUGGGAGCAGUGCCCUCCUACGUGGCGUUGAACCCUUUGAGGGUGCAGUGUGCCAGUUCGAUGUGGUAUCUGCAGGACAGGUUAACUACUGCAAGGCCAUUCGCAAGGAGUGCAGAGAAAAUGAUGCGUAUAGGCCAGCACCGCCCUCUCACCUGCUGCCUUUACCCUUUACAACGGUGCGGUCAUCCCCAUCCAAUAUUACCCUUGCAGUAAUACCCACUCUAAUUCCCUUAAAACGCUUGAAUGUCUCUGUCACACCUGGUGUCAGAGCCAACCAUAACUCUAAGGGAUUACAAGCCACAGCAGCUCCUCAAAUUCCUCCAAUUCAAAUAGGACUCGAACCGCCACCAUUCCAUGAAAACUCAAACACUGCCACACUGGCACCAACUUUCAGUUCACCCAAUGUGUUGCCCCAAAAAAGCCCCAAACCGACAGCUUUCAAGCCUAAGUUGGGAAAAUCUAUCGCUGCCACAAAACCAACGGGGUUCAGAAACCCUACAGCAAAAUCUCAUGCUAAAGCUGGUACUCCAAAACUGUUACACACAAUGUUUACUGUCGGUCCAAUACCGACAGUCUCAAAUCUGCUUGAUGUGUCAAAACCGAACAGUUUAAAACACACAAGCAUAUCAAAAACCUCAAAACCCACCAGUGCUUCAAAACUUAACAGCUCAAAAUUCACAAGUGUGUCAAAACUUUCAAACGUAAAACUCAUUAGUGUAUCAAAACCUGCUAGUGUAAAACCCACAACCAUGUCAAAACCCAACAGUUCAAAACAUUUAGCUUCUAAACCAGCACCAGUAAAGCCCUCUAAACCUCCAGUUGCAAAAUCUAUAGCCAUCAAACCCAUAGUUUCAAAAGGGUCUUUUCCCAAACCCUUCCCUUCUAAACCUUUAUCAGAAACAACCAGAAAAAAAAUCCCAGCAACCCCACCUCCCUCUUCUUUUCCCCCUACUGCCAGUUCCACUAAGCAGCAAUUAAAUGUAUCGAUAUCCUUGUCCAAUAAGGUUCCAACUACCCCCAAGAAACUGAGCCCUGCACCAACUAAAAAGAUCCCAACCAGCACUCAACAGACACCUAGACAUAUGCCCGCAAUGCCCAGGACUACACCUGUCAUUCCUGUUCCAAAGACACCUACGGGCCUUCCAGUAAAACCAACAAAAAGCUCAGUGGUACAUGCUACCACAAUGGUCCCAGAGCUAUGGACAGUUCUGCCUGCUGAUGGACUUCAGGGCUGGGAUCUGGAUCCUGAACUGUUUGGUUCUCAGAUUGGACCACCGGGGCAAAAGGGAGAACUUGGACCUGUGGGAAUUCAGGGACCGCCAGGAAAACCAGGGGCACCAGGAAAACGGGGACCACAGGGACCACCUGGGCCACAUGGUAAUCCAGGAAGGCCAGGUCCCCCAGGCUUGAAGGGGAAUAAGGGUGACCCUGGACUUUCACCUGGAAUAGCCCCUAAAGGAAAGAAAGGAGAUCCUGGUAUUAUUGGUCCUGUUGGUUUAUCUGGGGCAGAGGGUCAGAAGGGUCAAAAAGGCCAUCCUGGACCACCUGGUCUCCCUGGGGAAGCAGGGGUGCAAGGGCCUGAUGGAAAUGCUGGUGCCAAAGGUUAUCCUGGCAGGCAGGGGCUUCCCGGACCCAUAGGACCUCAUGGGCCAAAAGGCGCUCGGGGUUUCAUUGGUAUUCCGGGGCUCUUUGGUUUACCAGGCCCUGAUGGUGAAAGAGGUAUUCCUGGUCCUCCAGGAAAGAGGGGCAAGAUGGGUACGCCGGGUUUUCCAGGUGAUUUCGGUGAAAGGGGUCCUCCAGGAGCUGAUGGAGAGCCUGGUGUUAUUGGUGCCACUGGCCCUCCUGGAGUACUUGGACUAAUUGGUGACAUGGGCCCAGCUGGUGUCGUUGGUUUACCAGGACUCAUUGGACUAAAGGGUGUUGCUGGGAACAUGGGCGAGCCCGGACUGAAAGGUGAUAAGGGUGAAAUUGGGCUUCCUGGACAGCAAGGGGAGAUUGGUUUCUCUGGAGACAAGGGAAUUCAGGGUUUGCCAGGGUUGCCAGGUCCUCGUGGAAAACCUGGACCUCAGGGUAGAAUAGGAGAGAGAGGGCCUGAUGGGGUGCCUGGCCCACCAGGUCCUGAGGGUUUCCCUGGUGACAUUGGACCACCUGGACAAAAUGGGCCUGAGGGACCAAAGGGUGCACCUGGAGCGAGGGGGUUACCAGGACCUCGCGGAGUUGCAGGACGAGAGGGAGAUGAAGGCCCAGUUGGACUACCUGGACCAACAGGACUAGAGGGUAUUCUGGGCAAAAAAGGAUUUCCUGGCAAGUUUGGGCCUGAAGGAAUUAAGGGGGAACAAGGAGACACAGGGAAGGCUGGUCCGAUGGGAGAGAGAGGUUUGGUUGGCUUUGUGGGGCCAGUUGGUGAACCUGGACUGGCAGGAGAAAAGGGUGAUCGAGGAACGACAGGACUGCCAGGACCACCAGGUGAAAAAGGAUCUGCUGGGCAUCCAGGGACUCCUGGAGAGGCUGGACCUCCUGGACCACCAGGUUUACCAGGUGCUCCUGGAUCACAAGGCCCUGCUGGCAUUCGAGGCGUUAAGGGAAGAAGGGGCCCACGAGGGCCAGAUGGUCCCACUGGUGAGGCUGGCACUGAAGGCAAACAGGGUGCUGUUGGUCCCCCUGGAAAAGUCGGGGUUCCUGGAGAGCAGGGGAAGAUUGGCGAACUGGGAGAGACAGGACCAAAAGGAUUUCCGGGAAUCCAGGGGCCUUCCGGUGCUCCAGGAGAAAAAGGGAUUGCAGGGGAACCCGGACCCACGGGGAUACCAGGAACAAUAGGCCCUCUUGGAAACAUUGGACCAAAGGGUCCACCAGGAAAAGUGGGAGACAUAGGAGUCCCUGGUGAACCAGGAGAGAAGGGUGCAGUGGGAGCUGAAGGGAAUGCCGGCGCUCCAGGCCUCAUUGGGCCCAGGGGAGAGCCAGGUUUGGAGGGUGAACAUGGUCCUGCAGGUCCUGAUGGUGCCAAGGGUGAAAAAGGUGACAUGGGGCCAGAGGGUGAGUCUGGUGCAAGGGGUGACCCAGGGAUCAAAGGCAAAGAUGGGCCACCAGGUGAUCCUGGACUCACUGGAGUCAGAGGUCCUGAAGGGAAGACUGGGAAAAUGGGUGAAAUAGGGAAGCCUGGCCUCAAGGGCGCGAAGGGCCACAUGGGACACCUGGGUGUGACGGGAACAGCGGGGAAACUAGGACCAGUUGGAACCACUGGACCAAAAGGAUCAAGAGGCACUGUUGGACCUACGGGUGCUCCAGGCCGGAUGGGACAACAGGGCGAUCCAGGUCUAGCAGGUUAUGAGGGUCACCGUGGGCCACAGGGUCCUAUAGGGUCUCCAGGACCAAAAGGUUUAAAGGGGGAACAGGGAGAUGAUGGGAAACUGACAGGUCCUCCUGGUUCCCCUGGGCUUCAAGGUCGUAUCGGUGACAGAGGUGACCGAGGAGAACCAGGAGAUUCAGGAUACCCAGGUCAGCAGGGGGUGGAUGGACUUCGAGGCAAAGCUGGUGCACCUGGAUUACCUGGUCACCCUGGUCCUCGUGGUCAACAGGGUCCCAAAGGAUCAAAAGGAGAGCAGGGUCAAAAGGGUAAACAGGGUCAGCAAGGAGAACGUGGAAGUAGAGGAUCACCAGGUGUGGUUGGCUUGCCAGGCCCGAAGGGUGUGAUAGGUCGAGAAGGCCGGGAGGGCAUUCCGGGAGUGGAUGGCAUUCCCGGGAAGGACGGAAUUAAAGGAAUACCAGGUGAUCAAGGAGAUGAUGGAGAGUUUGGGCCUCCAGGGAAAUCUGGAGCAAGGGGGAAAAUCGGUGUUCCAGGUUUACCAGGACAUCAGGGUUCGUUUGGACCAAAGGGUGAACGAGGUCUCCCAGGUCAUACUGGCCCUUCAGGGAAAAGAGGAUUUAAAGGAGGAAUGGGGCUGCCAGGAGCUCAGGGAGAUCCAGGACCCAAAGGACAGCCAGGAGAUGUUGGAGAACCUGGAUUUCCAGGGAUUCUAGGAAUAUUUGGUCCCAAGGGGCCUCCAGGAGACUUUGGGCCAAAAGGUGUUAGUGGACCUAAAGGGCCCCCUGGACAAAUGGGUAAAAGAGGAGUGACCGGUCCUGUUGGUAUAAUCGGUCCAGGUGGCAGCCCUGGUCCUAGAGGAGAUUCUGGUAGCAGAGGAGAAAUGGGUGUUCGAGGGCCGAGGGGUGCUCCUGGACGUCGAGGACCUCCUGGACCACCAGGACCUCCCAGAAUACCAAAAUCCUUUCAACAGGAUGACAACGGUGGAACUUUGUCUGAGUUGGUCAGUUCACAUACUGCUUUUAAAACCAAGGUGGCAGAUCUAAUGGAUUCUCCCAUGGAGCGAGCUCCAGAGAUCUUACAGACUCUGCAUUAUCUGAGUUUGCUAGUUCUCAGUCUGAAGAAUCCACUAGGAACGCAGGAUCAUCCGGUUCGCCUCUGCCGGGACCUCGUAACCUGCCAAGACAAAUUCAACGAUGGCACUUACUGGAUUGACCCAAACCUGGGUUGUCACACUGACGCUAUAGAAGUGACAUGCAACUUCACAAGAGGCGGGCUCACCUGCCUUAGACCAAUUACUGUGUCCAAGCUGGAGUUCAAAGUCAGGCCUGUCCAAUUGAAUUUCCUGCAUUUGCUGGGUUUGGGGGCAGAGCAACGUAUCACCAUCCACUGUCUUAACAUCACCAUCUGGAGCUCCACCCCAACUCAGACUCCUUCUAAGAAUGCUGUGAGGUUUAUUGCGUGGAAUGGGAUGACGCUGGAACCAGACGUUUUGGAGGACACUUGCUGGCUACGCGAUGGCAGUUGGAGGAAUGCUGUCUUUCUUUUCAAAGUAACAGAUGCCUCGCUGCUCCCCAUUAAAAACAUCGCUAAUCUGCCGAAAAUUGCAUCCAUGUCACGCUAUCACCUGGAGGUUGGACCUGUGUGUUUCCUGUAGUGUGUGUGCACGUGAAUUGGCUAUGCAUAUAUGUGUGUGUGUGUGUGCACGUCCUCACACACCAUAACCGGCUGAAGCUACCUACAUCACAGCCGCUGUAGUAUUUAGCCACUGAUUGGACUGCAGAAACAGGAAAAAGGUGGUGCAAGCGGGGCAACCAGGGGGAUUUAGCACUAAAAGACUGUGGAGGAGAAAUCCACCCUUCUGGCUUCAGAUGUCAUGUGAGAGAAGACUCUUAACAAUAUGACCCAGUUUAAAUAGGUCCAAGACAUUCAGGCCAGAGAGGUUCUGCCAUGCUUUCUCUCUCUCUCUCUCUCUCUCUCUCUCUCUCUCUCUCUCUAUUGUAUCAUUAUUGAAUAUAAGUUAUUAUAAUGCUUGUCAUAAGGAAGUAUGCUCUAUUAUAGAGAAGAAUUAAGAAUUGGAAAAUGUUUAUAUAUAUAAUAACAAUAUCAGUAAUUCAGAAAGUGCAAUACAGAAGCAAAAUGUUUAUUAGACAUUGAUUAAAUGUCAAGUUGGUUAACUUUAUGGAAGGUAUUUCAGGGGUACUGUCAACAAUCAAAAUUGUGUAAUUUUACAUAGUAUCAGACAGGGAGGUAUAAAUGUGUGUAUGUGUUUGCUUGUGUCAGUGUCUGUGUGUAUUUGUGGAUUUUAAUGUGAUUGGUCAGGAAGAUUAUGGUUGGCGAAGAUUCUGUGUAUGUGUAUGUAAUGAAUAGUUCUCUUGACAUAUGUCAGACACUCCUCCUCACAAAAGAGUCACAUGGUUUAGUGGCAUUUCUCAGGCAAAAUGUGAGGAGGCCUGCAAAAGAGUGUGUUUUAUCGGUAGUGGUGCGUGCUCACUCAGUGGGGCGUGUCUACCUCUCCCCAUCGCAGUCAAAACUUAUUUAAAGUGUUUAAGAACGGUGCUGAAUAAAAAAAAAAAAACAGUGAAGUUUGGUGCUUCAAAAAAGAAAACAAAAAGCAAUUUGUAGAAUUAAUCGCUAAGCUUGCUGACUUGCUUAUGCAAAUUCAAGAUGCAAAAGCAGCCAUUCAUUCUAAAAUCUUUUUUGUAGCAAUAGUACCAGGCAACUAUAAUAAUGCUUACUGUGGUGCAUCCCGCUUAUGCUACUUCGCCUGCUGAAUCUGCGUAAACUCAUCAUUGAGCAUAGUGUUAAGAAACAGCAUGGCAAUUUUAAUGGCAUUUUGUUAUAAAGUGUGUUUGAAUUAUUUGAUUGACUUGUAAAAAUAGAAAUAUGAUUUCUCCGUGUUCGUGGUACAACAGUGUUUUUGUUAAUAUUGUACAAUGACAAUUAUUUAACUGACACUUCUUUCUGUAUUUUGGAGCAACAGCUGUCUGGUGCUUUAAUCCCGUUGGCAAUGGCAAUGUGAAAGUAUACAAAACUAUAAAUACAGGACAAGAAUAAUUUUGCCUGAUUAAUAGCGCAGUAUGGCCAUUCAUUUCUAAUAUCAAGGUUUCUAAUAUGUGAUAACAUCUGUCAAUUACAUACUGUACCUACUAUAAAUGCAAUACAAGCUAGGCCAUGCCAGAAAUGUCAGACUUAAGCAAUGCAUUCUGUAAUAAGGUUCUUUGUUUGACAUUUGUGCCCAAUAGGUCUUGUCUUUUUAUGUCAAUUCUAAGAAAAUAAUAAACUAAACCGAUUUCAGUACGUACAGUAGAAUGAUAAUCUGAUAAUAAGUGAAAGUCAAGCUAUUUUACUAAAUAUGUAUUAAACAAAAGUAGGAUCAGAUAAAAAAAGCAUGUUUAUAAAAGAUAAAGCCCUUGUCACACUCCGAUAAUGACCAUGAAGUUUCCCCUGCAUCCUAAAAACAUCGAAGCAUGCAGUGGUCAAAAUUUAAAAACGUGCAUUUAUCAAGCUCAUACUACUUCGUAGCCACAUUCCUCUUAGUUUCUCAAUGCAUCUAUCAUGUUGUCACUAAUUUCCUAUCAGCCACAUGAUCACAUGCCUACCAGGACCAAUGAGAUCAAACAAAGCGAUUAUGUCUAGUCCAAUCACACCAUGCUUAUGCUCUUACUAGACUCUUAUCCCACAUUUACUACAUUGUCAUUGCAUUGGGUGGGUUGUUGUAAAUAAAUAUAUUCAUGACAUAAGAAAUUGUAUCCAAAAAAAUACAUUCUGUAUCACAAUUAUUUUGUAUGAUGUGUCAUCACACUGACCCAAAAGUUGAUUUUUAAAAAAUAUUUUUAAUGUAUACACUACCGCUCAAACGUUUGAGAUCAUUUGCAAAUUUUCCUGUUUCCCUGCUGCAGUGGAGAAGUUCAUUUAGAGUUACAACCCUCAUAAAUCACCAAUUACCAGAUUAGAGCUGUUAUGAAGCCUUUACAGGUGAUGAGUAGCAGAUACAUCUCAACAUUACUUGUUUAAAGGAGAUUAGUGCAUAUUUUGGACGCCUUCAGAAUUGCUUUACACUGUAGAAAGAAAGAAAAAUCAGGAACGACCAUGAAGUUAGAAAGUAAUCUCAAACUUUUAAGCGAUAAUGUAUAUAGUAUGUUUGCAUUUGAGGUGGUAAAUUGUUGCCAUUCCUCUAUAAUCCUACAGGCAGUGUCAUCGAAACUAUUCACAGCACAGUAAAUGAUUUGCUUAGAAUUGUAAGAAAAUGUACAAAUAUUUUUUUGUAUGUAUUUGCAAUACAAAUCGAAUCGGCACCUAGAUAUUGUGGUGAUAUCGAAUCAAGUGGUCCUUGGUAAUUCUCAUACCUAAUAUUUCCAUUUUUGGAAUGUGAAAUAGAUGUGCUGAAAACCUGCUGCAUGCAUGCCAUAAACAUAACAAGUACCAGUAGGACGUAAUAUGAAAUUAAUGCAGCCUUUUACAACGUGUCAUGGACCUACCGUGGUCAUAGUACAAGACUGAAGAGUUUUAAACGUGUCCAUUUUAUCGUGUCCCAAAAAAAAUGUGGCAGCUCCACGCCAAGGGAGACAAUACUAUGUCCUUACCCAUUUUUACUGUGUUUUUCUAACUGCGUUAAACAAUUUUUACACAUAAUGUAAAACCCAGAUGUGAACCACAAGUUCUAAUGAGUUCAUGUCAAAAUUGUGCUUAGCAGAAAUCUGCUAAAAUUGAUAAACAAUCUAUUUUAUGACGAUCAUUACACUACAGUAGAUCCUUAAACUGUCUCUGCAUAACAUGUUUGUGAUUGGGCUUCAUAUACAGAACUUUAAUUCAAGAUUAUUAAAGCUGUUGUGCAUCACAAUAUCAAGCACACUCCCAGCAGCUAGAAGUCAUGCUGUGAGUGGUUAAGGUAUUUUUUAUUUUUUUGCUAAAAUGUUUGCUCCAAGCCUGUGAAAUUGUAUCUGCACAGCCAAAAAUGCUCUUUUAGAAAGCUAUCUGCUUUUUCUGUCUUUACAUUAUGUGUAACAUAUAAUUACUCAAGCUCUCAUGUAUACAGUGCAUUCCUUUUUAGCUAAUUUAACCUAAGUUAAAAUAUUAUCCAUAUUCCAGGGAUAACAAAGAAGUCUCAGUUUUUUUCUGAGCAGAAAACAUGUCCCGGUGACAUAUAACAAUAGCAUCUGUACCUAGUUGACAAAUUAUUUUUUUAAUCUGUAAAUUUCUGACUCCAAAAAGGGAUAUAAAUAUAUUGUUGUUUUUAAAACAAUACAUACAUUUUGUUUUUUACUUGUUUGUUAUAAUUUUUGUUUACUAAUCAACUCUUAAACAUACUUUAUGGAAAUCAUUCUCAUUUCCAGUCAUGGGGAGAGUUGGAGAAAAGGUUUUGCUAGACUGGACAUCCAUGUAGGGAGCGGUGAACACACACACACUGUGCCAUGCAGCAGCUCUCCUUUAGUGCAACUGAGAAGCCAUGCUGUUUAAAGAAUAAUAUUAACCUUGCAAAGACUUUAUAGCAGUGUGUGAAGUUUUGCAGCAACGUCUGUGAAAUCCUGUUACCUCACUCUUCCAGACAUCUUGGGUCCCAUCUGUGAUAAUGUUGCAUUUGCAUGUAAAUAUGACCAAAAAAAAGCUGUCUUCUCUCACCUUGCUAAAAUGUUGUCUUUUCAUCCUCUGUACCUAUCAUGUUAAUUUGCCACGCUAAUACAUCACAGUUUUACAUGCUUGGUUAAGUAUUUGGAACUGAAAACUAUUUUACAUACGCAAUAAAGAUGU